CUGGCUAGAACCCGGUCUUACACAGGGAGGACGAUUUCGACCCCAAUUGGCUGUUGCCCUGGCUGUUGUCUUGGUGGGGACGCGGGAGGCCACGGCGGGUAUAUAAAGGCUGCUGCUACCUGCGCCACACCAGUCCCGCCAGGACGGUGACAGUGAAGCACCUGGGUUGAGAGGGAGCAGUAAGCCCCUGUCUCACCCAGCAUACCUGGGCGAGACAACCCGGGUGCGAAGGACAAGAGAUUACGACCGAAGAGCGAGCAAACCAGGAAGACAGCGGCCUCCUGGAGAGUAAAACGUGAUCCCAGGGGCAGACACGUGGCGCUGCGUGAAGAAACAGGGUGACAGACGAGGCUCUUCCCACCGUCCCGUUUGGCCAAACUUGACAGCUUCUGGGUCGCUGCCAUCCAGACCUCUCAGAGCUCCCUGAACCAUGACGGAGACCUUCAACAUGAAAGAAGACCCUGUGAACCUGGGUGGCGGUGGAGCACACUCGUCCUCCCUGCACUCCUGGUCGUCCUGCUACCGAAGGCGCCGGGGCGCUCCCGUGUACAAUAGAUGGCACCGCUAUGGCCCCAAGACCGAGUAUGGGCCCCCAAGGAAACAGCCAAAGCAACAGCACAGCCCGGGGUUUUGGUUCCAAUCACCCGUGUGCUCUAACUGGGGGUGCUGGGGAGGGCCCUGGCGCCCACCCCCUCCAGUAUUCUGGAGGCCCCCCGGCCGAGUGCAAGUGAUUAGUGUGUACGGCCUGCACCCGCUCUGCUUUUGCUGCUGCUCCUGCUGGAGCGGAUCCUGGAACCCUGGCUGGACGAGGUCCCCAGGCAAGAAGAAGCGCUGGGGCCGCAGGGGCCGCAGAGGUCGCGGCCCGCGCCACCACCCUCGCCGCUCCUCCUCGCGGAGCCCGCCGGGGGAUCUGAGCAUGCCGCUGCGGCCGGCCAGCCCGUACGAGUGGAGAGCGCCUGGCUUGCGAGCGCCGCGCAACACCACCCAGUUCAUCAUGGACCAGAUCUAUGAGGACAUGAGGCAGCAGAAGGAGCUGGAGCGUCAGCAGGAGGCGAAGAGGGUGCAGCAGGCCGUGGUGGGCGGCGAGGCCUUCCCAGCAGGAUCCUCCGGAAACAACGCGCCCCCUGGCGGCAGCGAGGAAACCUGGGCGCUGCAGGAAACUUUGUAUGACCUUGUACAGAAUCCUCUAGCAUUCAGUCCUACCCCAGAGGAAAACCAGUCUCCUGCCCCUAUGCUGGUGAAGGAAGAGGAGGAGGAGGAGAAAAAUGAUGAGUAUGACCAGGAGGUGUGUGAUGUAAAGGAAGAGAGCGAGGAGGAGGAAGAAGAGGUCGAAGAUGAUGAAGAGGAAGAGGUUGAAGAGGCUGAAUAUGUGGAGGAAGGGGAGGAGGAGGAAGAGGAGGAGCUGGAAGAGGAAGAGGAGGGCCUGGAGGAGAACAGGCAGGGAGGGGAAGAAUUUCACCUGCCUCUGGAAAUGCCUUUAUCACUCUUUGUAGGGGCUGAAGAAACGAGAGAGAACUUUAUAAACUGUACUUUUUUAAACCCAGAGCAGAUAAUUCCCAACAUACCACAGGAAUCCCUGUUCCUGGCACAGGACUUUAACUGUUAGACAUCAGAAAAGGGAUUGAGGAAAAGGAUGGAACUGAUUUGAGGCUAAACUAGAUUAGCAAUUUAUUAAAAACUGAUUAAAAAGUGAGUUCCAUUAAUAAACAGAUCUAUGUAA